AUGGAUCAAUGCAUCAAGUGUCCUGAAGAUCGGUUUCCAAAUAAGCAGAAGAAUCAGUGUCUCCCAAAAAUUAUAUCAUUUUUGUCCCAUGAAGAUACUCUGGGAUCUGUUUUUGUCUCCCUGGCCAUCAGUUUAUCUGUCUUUACAGCCAUGAUUUUAGGAUUAUUUAUCCUCUAUCGGGACACACCCAUUGUUAGAGCAAACAACAGAAAUCUCAGUUAUCUCCUCCUCGUUUCUCUAAUGCUCUGUUUCUUCUGCUCUUUAAUAUUCAUUGGCCAACCUAGCACAGCCACUUGUGUCUUGAGACAAAUGAUUUUUGGGGUUGUAUUUUCCAUUGCCGUUUCUGCUAUCUUGGCAAAGACCUUCACUGUGGUUGUGGCCUUCAAAGCCACUAAGCCAGGAAGCACCUUACGAAUGUGGAUGGUGACCCGACUCUCAAACGCUAUAGUCUGCUGUGGUUCCAUCAUUCAAGUGUGCAUCUGUGCAGUCUGGCUGGGAACCUAUCCCCCUUUCCCUGAUGUGGACAUGCAGUCAGAGUUUGGACAAAUCAUCCUGUGGUGUAAUGAGGGGUCCACCCUUGCCUUCUAUUGUGUCCUGGGUUACUUGGGCUUUCUGGCCACUCUCAGCUUGCUUAUUGCUUUUGUGGCUAGAAGGCUACCUGACAGCUUCAAUGAGGCAAAGUCAAUCACAUUCAGCAUGCUGGUUUUCUGCACUGUGUGGAUUUCUUUCGUACCCACUUACCUGAGUUCCAAAGGCAAAACCAUGGUGGCUGUGGAAAUUCUUUCAAUUCUGGCCUCCAGUGCUAGCUUACUGGGAUGUAUAUUUCUCCCCAAAUGCUAUGUGAUCCUACUGAGGUCAGGUGACCACUCAAGAAAGAAGUUCUUUAAAUGA